AUGAAUGCCAGUCAUACGGUCCUCUUUGGGCCUUUGGGCAAGCUUCGAGCAAGAAGUCAGCAGGUUUCAAAGCCCCGGGAAUGUAGGGAUGUAGACCCUUUCAGCGAUAGCCAAAAGAAAGGAAUCAAGUAUGAGGUGAAACGAGCCCAAAUUGUGGAAAUGACCAUAGGAUAUUUACGUACAGCUCAUAUUGGCAACUUAUUAACUUCAAAAUUCUUCAGUUAUAAGGAUUUUGAUACUUUAUUAUAUACCUGUGCAGCGGAGUUUGACUUUAUGGAAAAAGAGACUCCACUGAGAUACACAAAGACAUUAUUGUUUCCAGUUGUUCUUGUAGUGUUUGUUGCUAUUGUUAGAAAGAUUAUUAGCGAUAUGUGGGCUGUCUUAGCUAAACAACAGACACACAUAAGAAAACACCAGUUUGAUCAUGGAGAGCUGGUUUACCAUGCAUUGCAAUUGUUAGCAUAUACAGCCCUUGGUAUUUUAAUUAUGAGACUAAAACUCUUCUUGACACCACACAUGUGUGUUAUGGCAUCACUGAUCUGCUCAAGACAGCUAUUUGGAUGGCUCUUUUGCAAAGUACAUCCUGGUGCUGUUGUGUUUGCUAUAUUAGCAGCAAUGUCAAUACCAGGUUCAGCAAAUCUGCAAACCCAGUGGAAUACUGUAGGGGAGUUCAGCAAUUUGCCACAAGAAUUUAUAGAAUGGAUCAAAUAUAGUACUAAACCAGGUAAAAAAAAAAAAAGUCAUAUUAUUUAGCUGUUUUUCCCACAAUUUUAUACACCACUGCAAACUCUUAAACCCUAGUUACUUCCACUGAUCUCACUCUUUCUAAGCAAUGUUGC